AUGCGUCUCCAAGCGGUCAUCGUGCAUGUCGAUGUUGGAACUCAAGCUCUGAGCUGUGCAGUUCACAAUGCCUCUGCCGCCUACUGUCCGGUUCUUAUUUUCGCAGGCCUUGCGCCCUUCACCAUCGAUGGCGAACUGUCCGGGUCUCGAACGGAGUAUGUGCAUUGGCUGCAGGAUGCCAAGGAGCAACGCCAGAUUGUCUCGCAAUACUGUCGGUAUACCGGGGAGAUCCGCAAGGGAAAGAAUGUCAAGCAGAUGGUAAGUCGGGCGAUGCAGUUGGCAACGAGCGACCCGCCUGGACCGGUGUGUCUGACGGCAGGGCGAGAGGUGCUGGAAGACAAGAUUGAGUCCUACACGAUUGAGCAGGCUCAUUGGAGUGCCGUUUCGCUCACCGCGCUGCCACAGAACGGGGUGGAGACGAUCGCCACCCUCCUGCAGGCCACGAUUGUGCACAUCAACAUCGACCCCCUGAAGAACAACCUCAACCUGUGGUACAUCAAUGCUUCCAAGACCUACCAUGCAGAUGCAGCCACCGCCUUCCUCCAACUGCAGUCGUACAUCGCGAGCAACGAGGGCUUUACCCCUAUCCUCGCAUCAGCCGCGUAUCUCAACCGCUGUGCAGCUACCAAGAACGCGCACCAUGAGCGGCUGGCCGCCCUCGCACUCGCAGCUGCAGACCUCAAGAACCCGCUGGCUCUAAUCAACAGCCACUAUCUCGGCCGCCGUCUGCGUGAGACGUUACCGCAGGAUACCAUCUGGUGCCUCGAGACCGUCACCAAUGCGAUGCCCAUCACCAAUCAGCUGCAGGGCGCCCCGGGACAUCUGGUCAACUGCGGCGCUGGCGGACUCGGCUGGUCGGGGGGCGUUACCUUGGGCGGUCAGCUGGCGUCCGAUUACCUGGCGGGUGGGAAUGGCAAGGGCAAGUUUGUGUGUGAGAUUGUAGGGAAUGGGACAUAUAUGUUUGGUGCUCCGGGGACAGUCUACUGGAUUGCUCGACGGUACAACCUGGCGACUCUCACCAUCGUUCUCAGUAACAACGUGAUUUUCCUUCCCGUGCCUGCCUUCUAUACCAAGCCCCGGGGGUUGGAUGAUCUUGUCGAUCAGAGUGUGAUGAGAAUGUUGGACAAUUUCGGGAUCACUCUAGAGACAUCUCCACGGUGGAAUGGGUUGCGGAGAGACCCGUGA